AUGGACUUGGACUGGUGUCUCAUUUGCUCGCAACACACUUCGGGAACUCUCUACUGCUCGGAGAACUGUCGUCUUCAAGAUCUCAGAACGGCACCGGAAACAUCGUUGUCAUCUUCAACGACUACCGCACCAUCGUACACGCUACACACAACUCCAUUAUUCUCUCUCCCAACGUCAACUAGUGCUGCUAAUCUCUUGAGCACAAUAAACUCUAAAUCCCUAGAGACGCUUAAUAACAGUAAUAAACAAUCACUCAAAAAAAAGUCUUCUUGGUCGUCCGCUAACUUUAACGAAAAAAAGGUCGACACCACCACUACGACCAACGUAAUUGCAAACAAUAACAACAACAAUGCUUUUUGGGCAUCAAAGCUCCAAUUUCAUCGUCGCAAGUAUUAUCAACCGGUUCAACGGUUGUCUGUAAUGACAUAA